AUGCAUGAGGAGGGUGCUGAGUGCCGAAGAAGGAAUGCAGUGCGGCAGAGACUGCAACGAGCACAACAGAACGAGGAAGAAGGACCGGAAGGUUUGCAAAGAAGUCCCGAACGCCAGCAUAGGCAAGACCAAAACGAAGACCAGAGGGUACCAGAUGCAGCAAUGAACAGAUAUCGUCAACGUCGCAAUGCUGCCCCUACCCUUGGGAUAGCACUGAGAGAUAGCGCGGCAAUCGUUAGCUAUCAGGAGAGCUUGAUUUCGUUGCUCGAACUGUAG